AUGUCUGAUCGUGGUGAAGGAUUGUUGAGGUCUAUUCCUGCUGUGUUUCCUGAUUAUCAUCAUGGCUAUUGUUACUACCACUUAAAGCAGAACUUACCAAUCAGGAAAUCGAACGAGAAGUAUAAAGAAGUUAUGGAUUGUUUAAAAAAAGCGACUUAUGCUCUCUCACCAGCGAAAUAUAAAGAAGCGCUUAUGCAAAAGGAGUUCACGGGAAGGGAUGGGAUUGCUAACUAUUGUCACAAUAUUCCUAAGGAAUGUUGCUCCAGCGCAUUCUUCACUGGAUGUAGAUUUGGUCAGACUACAUCAAGUGUUGCUGACUCCUUCAAACGUCGCGAACUGAGUGUCUUGAUGGACCCUGAGUUUCUUACUCCUACCUACCAGGGGUCUCACACUGUUGAUUUACUGAGCAAGACUUGCACCUGCCAAGGAUGCCGUGUUUAUGGGUUUCCAUGCUCUCAUGCUAUAGCAGUUAUUUUUGCCAAGGGUGAUAGAUACGUAGAUUAUAUCCAAUACUACUUCAAAGUUACGCAUUUUCAGCAGCUGUACUCAAUUGCUAUCAGACCAGUCCCUAACUACAACAGGCCAGAGCAGUAUGAACCAGAGGAUACUAUUUUUCCACCCCAUCCACGAGUUCCACCAGGUAGGCCAAAGGGAAAUCGUAUCAAGAAUGCAUGGGAGAAGAGUAGGAAAUCCGUCAGAUGUUCAAACUGCCACAAGAAAACUCAUCACAACAAGGCAACCUGCACUGUCAUUCCUUCUUACCCCUGA